AUGGUUGAUACUCGCAGCACUAUAGAUUUACAGAAAGAGGCCUCGACCAUCAUACAGGAGGCUAAUAAGUCCGGUGCAAUGGACAUCACCCGCAUUCAGGCGGUGCCUCCGAAGGUUUGGGGCCAAGUAUGUACGGCAUUAGAUAUAGAACGGCUAAUCAACUACAACCAGCUGUUGAUGCAACCGAAGUAUAUGAAAGAGCUACAAGAGGUACUCGCUGCCCGAAUAGAGGCUGAGAAACCUGCGUUUACUCACAGGAAGAUACAAGAAGCCGGCGGGCAGAACCCAGCAGGGAAUAGACCACCUACGCUCGAUCUAAGCUCGGUAGGCCAGCAAGUACCCAUGCUAGAAGAGGUCUACUAUAGUGACCAUAGUUCUACGCCGAGACUUCAUAAGAAGAGACAUACGUUAACGACUGAUGGCUGGGCCAACAUAGACUACCUGAUGGGCGACCCGGCUCAUAUGUUGAGGCAACUACGCGGAGUCCGCAUGUCGCCGGAAAAAGCAUUCGAGACGCGAAACAAGAUCCUGAGAAAGGCGCUAGUGGAUGCUGAAAUCGACAAUACGGAUAAGCUGAUUAUCCGCGUGAAUCAACUUAUAGACCAAGGCCUUAUAACACACGAUUUGUCAGUCAAUAUACUCUUAAGUUGUGCUGUGUACGGGAAAGAAGGGACCAUGCGUCGGAUCGAGUCAGGCGCAAUACUCAAACCAAUAAACAUCUACAAUCUGAGUUCACGAAAGCGACCUGACGAGAGGAAACCGAGAACGCAGAACCAAAGCCCGAACACAUACAACAACAGUAACAACAAGAAGAAGAAUACGAACUCGUAUAACAAUCAAAAUCGUUUUUUUACAACCGCUUGCGGGGCUCGAACCCGCGACUGCAAGACUAAGAGUCUUGCGCUCUACCGACUGAGCUAA